AUGAAUUUGAAGGACAUCGACACACACGCUGAGCGGCGCUGGUCAGAGCUCGUGCCCCCGCACAGCGCCCUCACUUUCGCCGCCAUCUGGGACCCCGAAGAAGGCAUGGUCACCUUCUCGGGCGCGCACCUUCUGGACCCGCCCGUCGACAAAGGCCGGAUCGACUCCCCGUACGACGUCUCGCCCGACAGCCAGUCGCAGGUGCUCACGAUCGACCGCUUCGCCAUGGCCGCUGGGUACGCCCACCCGUCCGCGGGUCUUGACUCAUUCGCGUACGCGCGCGACGCGCUUGUAGACGCCGAAACGGCGAUGGAUUCGCGCUCGUGCCUCGGUCUCGCUAGCAACGCCGGCGGUCUCCGCGUGCCCCCAGGAAUCCAUACCGCUCCCGACAGCCCCGCAGCAGCGUCUUCGAUGGCUCUAGCCUCUUUAAUCAACGCUCCGUUCCGGAAGAGCCUCGUGAAGGAGCUCGUCGAGCGCGGCAAGCAGGCGUACCAUCUGCGCUCGCGGAGGCCAGAUGCCCAGGUGCCGAUAGAGGACGACGACGAGACGGUCGGGCCAUACCAGGUCAGCCCGUACGACCUGAAGUACAUGGACCACCCUCCUCCAACGAGGAUGCGGGCGAGGAGACCGCGGACGGCCGAGAGCGAUAAGACGGCAGUAACGGACGAGGGGUUCUUCGAGGACAAUCGCCUGACGCGCGGCACGUGCGGAACCGCGCCCGUGCUCGUAGACGUCAACCUCUCCUCCGCAUUCUCCGUGACCACCACCUCGACAUCGCGGUAUGUCGAGAUCGACCACCCGCGCUCCGACGACGACGGCCAGCCCACGCCGCGCACGCUGCGCGAAUGCGACGGUGCUGCGAGCCAGCACGAGUCAACAUGGACUACAUUACGCGACGUGCAGCGCGACAUCUGCUUCAACGUCCCGCUCGAGGUCGGUCGGCGGCUGAAGAAGCCGCGGUCGCAGCAACCCUCGCAGCCGAGUUCGCACGUUGCCUCGACGUCCUCAUCCCCUCUCCCUCCCCUGCCGCCGCCGUCCCCGUCCUCACCCGCGCCGCCCUCAGAAGUGCUUGCGCGUCGGUAUUACAACCACUACCCGCACCCGGCGACGCAGUCGCACCCACCCAGCGCAUUGCGCAUGCUCGCCGACUCGAGCGACACUGCAAGCACAAGCGGGCGCCGGAACAGCCUCCGGCGGACAAAGGAGCUCCUCCACCGUGUCGUCAGCUGCAAUAAAGGGAAAGAAGAUGACCGCUGGGUAUGCGUCGAGGUCCAGCACAAGGUCAAGCAGCGCGUGUGCGUCGUGAGCCUCUAGCUUGCCCUCACCCACACACGCCCUCCUCCGCCGCCGCCCCUCGCCGUGGCCCCGGACCGUCCGCGCACACAGGUGCGGGGACCGAGGACCGGGGGAUCCUCGGGUGGGGCGGGUGUUGGGCGGGCGCGCGGCGCUGGCGGCGUGUAUGUGCGCGUGUGUAUGUCUCUGGGACAGUUCUUAUUUCCGUUGUCGAAGAAGCGUCAAACAAGCGGGGCGCCCCCGCGUAUAUGGCAGGCGGAUCGGCGGGCUCUCGCGCACGCGUGCCCGCACCACGCCCCUUGUAGGGUGCAGGUGCGCACGCCACCUGCCCCGCGCGCGCGCAUCCCGCGUCUUCCCCGCUUUCGCCGUCUUCCCCGCGUGCGCCCCCAUUCGAACGCUGCCCGCUCCACGGCGUGUACACAGUGUCCACGAGAUCGGCGAUCUCGCUCUCACGUUCCUUAUUGCCGUCCCCUUUCCCGCUUUUGCCUCUCUGCCUGUCGUCCUCGCGCCUGUACCGUUAUUUUUUCCGCCUCGGUCUCUGUGUUUUUCCUCGGUAUGCUGUACUUGUAUCCGUAGCACGCGCUCGAUGUCCCGUCUCUGAGCGAAACCACCCGCAACCCCCUCCCCAAUCCCAACUUUGAUGAUAGCCAUAUAGCUAUACAUACAGGCCGUAGUAGUACGGCCGAACUCCACCUACC